AUGAAGAAGCAAUUCAACCGCAUGCGCCAGCUCGCCAACCAGACCGUGGGCAGGGCUGAGAAGACAGAGGUCCUGAGUGAAGAUCUCCUGCAGGUGGAGAAGCGCCUGGAGCUGGUGAAGCAGGUCACCCACAGCACCCACAAGAAGCUGGCAGCAUGUCUGCAGGGCCAGCAGGGCCUGGACGCCGACAAGCGCUCGAAGAAGCUGCCCCUGACCACGCUGGCACAGUGCCUGAUGGAAGGAUCAGCUGUGCUGGGAGAGGACUCCCUGCUGGGGAAGAUGCUGAGGUUGUGUGGAGAGGCAGAGGACAAACUGGCUCAGGAGCUGAUCCACUUCGAGCUGCAGGUGGAGAGGGAUGUGAUCGAGCCCCUCUUUGUGCUGGCUGAGGUGGAGAUCCCAAAUAUCCAGAAGCAGAGGAAGCACUUGGCAAAGCUGGUGCUGGACAUGGACUCCUCCAGGACAAGGUGGCAGCAGUCUGCAAAGUCCUCGAGUCUGGCCAGCAACCUGCAGCCCUCAGGGGCCAAAGCUGACGCCCUCAGGGAGGAGAUGGAGGAGGCAGCCAACAGAGUGGAGAUCUGCAGGGACCAGCUCUCUGCUGACAUGUACAAUUUUGUGGCCAAAGAAGUAGACUAUGCAAACUAUUUCCAAACUCUGAUCGAGGUGCAGGCAGAGUACCAUCGGAAGUCCUUAGCCCUUCUGCAGAAUGUCCUGCCCCAGAUUAAAGCCCAGCAGGAGGCGUGGAUGGAGAAGCCCUCCUUUGGGAAGCCCUUGGAGGAGCACCUGGCCGUCAGCGGGCGGGAGAUCGCCUUCCCCGUGGAGGCCUGCGUGACCAUGCUGCUGGAGUGUGGCAUGCAGGAGGAGGGUCUGUUCCGCGUGGCUCCCUCGGCCUCCAAGCUGAAGAAGCUGAAGGCUGCCCUGGACUGCUGCGUGGUGGACGUGCAGGAGUACUCUGCUGACCCUCACGCCAUAGCAG